AUGGGCACUUUCAAACUACCUACACAGCUCAUCAACAAGUUAACCGCUAUUCAAAGAAAAUUUUUCUUGGGACAGAAUUCAAAUAGGGGCUCCAAUCCAAUAGCUUGGCACAAAGUUUGUAUACCUAAAGAGUUAAGCGGUUUAGCUUUCAGAGACCUUGAGAUGUUAAAUUUGGCUCUUCUUACAAAGUUAGCAUGGAGACUGUGUAAUGAAGAUGAUGCUCUCUGGACUAAUAUCAUGGGAAGCAAAUACUUCAAAAAUGGAGAUAUUAUACACCAAAACUUGAAGGCUGGCAAUGGGUCAUACACUUGGAACGGAAUUAUCAAGGGCAUUCAUGUGGUAAAGCAAAACUACUUCAUGGAAGUUAAAAAUGGUAAGAAAACCAAAUUUUGGUUAGAUAGAUGGAUUCCGGGUAUGAACUCCCCUCCUGUCCCGAUCAAUGAUUUCUUCAGAUUUUAUCAAAAUGUUGAAGAGCUUUUACUUCCUGAAACUGACAUCUGGAGUGUUGAUUUGCUCUACAAAAUUUUUGAUAUCAAUACUGACCAGAAAAUUAUGAGUAUCUUUCUUGAUACUUCAAAAGAAGAUACAAUGAUUUGGAUGCCAUCUAGAGAUGAUCUGCAUAAUACCAGAUACAAGCUGUCCAUCUAUAAUCAAAACAUUGCUCCUCAUUGUGACAUCUGUGGAGGGAGUGAAGAAACCAUAAAACAUUUAAUCUUUGAAUGUGAUCAUGCCAAUAAAAUCUGGAGGCUUUCAAAUGUGGAUAUUGAAACAGUUUACAGUAAUCAUUAUAGUGUGUCAGAAUGGGAAGUCUCUCUUAACCCUGUUAACUCCGUGCAUAAAAUAAUCUAUCACAUGCACUCUCAUCUACAUGAACUUUUAAGUAACAAUAUUAAUUUGAAUGCUUUACUAAUCUCUCAAUGGAAACCACCAUUACCUGAUAUUUUUAAGUUUAAUUUUGAUGCCUCAUUCUGUUAUAUUACUAAAACACUUGGAAGUGGUGUUGUGUUGCGCACAAGUGAAGGAAGCUGUGAAAGAAUCAAAGGAAACUUCUCAAAUGGAGUUUUGAGUCCAAAAGCUGGGGAGUGCAUGGCCAUACGUGAAGCUUUAACAUGGGCAAAGGAUAAGCAAAUGUUCAAGAUUCAUAUUGAAGCUGAUGCACAACUAGUUAUUCAGUCCAUUACAGAUGAUGUUCUUCUCAUACAGAGAGAUAAUCAGGUUACAGAUGCAGUUGCAAAAUCUGUUAGAGGCACUGCUAUAAACAUCAAUAUCUCUAAUAAUUUUCCUUCUGAUUUUUGUAGUCUCUUGGCAAGAGACACCUAUCUUCAAACCAGUUAA